AUGCAUGACGCAGGUCCAUGGAUCAGCGGUAGCUUUCAUCAGGCCACUUCGUCCUCUUGCGCAUCACGCCUCGCAAUUAUGGACCCUGCUCGAACUUUGCCCAUCGGCUCCAUAGCCAUUCCGACCACCUCGCAGGUGAAACAGGCUCUCGACGAUGCACAUUCUGCCUUUGCACACGGUCACGGACAUUGGUCUUCGCCCGAAGCGAUCCACUUUCGUGCCGAAUGUCUCUAUCGGCUAGCUCAGAUUCUACGACAGCGGGCGCCUGAGCUCGCUCUGCUCGAAAGCCAACAGACAGGUCGCUGUAUUCGAGAGUUCCGCGCACAGCUAGCUAGGCUCUACGAAUGGUUUGACUAUUACUCAUCGCUCAUCCGUGUCGGAGAGAGUAGCACUUUACCCUUACGCGGUCAAUUGCUAGGUUACAAAGCACGACGUCCGCUUGGCGUCGUUCUGCAGAUCACGCCUUUCAAUCAUCCACUCUUGAUUGCGGUCAAGAAGCUUGCUGCAGCGCUCGCCGCGGGUAACAGCGUCAUUGUCAAGCCCAGCGAGGUGGCUCCUCUCACCGUGCUCGAGUUGGGUCCUAUGAUCCAACAAGCCGGUAUUCCAGAUGGAAUUGUCCAAAUCCUCCCUGGCGCCGCCGAGACAGCCAAAUUGCUUGUAGAAUCGCCAUAUAUUCGCAAAAUUGAUUUCACCGGCGGAACAAGGAUAGGCACGCUCUUGUCAAAGCAAGCGGGCGAGAGGCUGAUUCCUAUCACCACUGAACUCGGAGGCAAAGCGCCACUGAUCGUCAUGGACGACUGUCCGCUCGACUUGGCCGUCAACGGCGCAUCGUUUGCUGCUUUUGUAGCGAGCGGCCAGACGUGCGUCUCGGCAACAAGAAUCCUGGUGCACGAAAAGAUCUUUGACGAGUUUGUCAUUCGCUUCGCUGAUAGGGCCGACAGCAUUGCUCGUCGUAUGGGUGAUCCUCAGAACCCAGACACGUUGCUCGGCUCGCUCAUCAGCGCUGCACAUGUGCAAAAGGUCCAAGCUAGCGUUCAAAGCGCUGCUCGCUCCGGAUGGAAGACGAUCGCCGGUGGACGAAAGCCCAGUGGUUCGGCAUUCGACGGCCACGCUCUAUCGUCUGGCGCGUUUUACCCACCCACCAUCCUGGUCGCCUCGGCGGUAAGGUGCGGCUCGAGCACUCUGUCCACCGACCAAGAAGUAGCGCUGCGCAGCAGCACCGUCUGGCAGGAAGAAAUCUUUGGUCCAGUCGUCUGUGUUGUACCGUUUCGAGAUGAUGCACAUGCUGUCCAACUUGCCAAUGAUUGCCGCUUCGGUCUGGGCGCAAGCGUCUGGACGACUGAUCAUGCACGUUUCCACCGCAUCGUACCGCAGAUCAAAGCGGGCAUUAUAUGGCUCAACACGCAUCAUCGGAAUGACGCCUCGAGUCCGUGGGGCGCAAUAGCUCCUACGGGUCAUGUCUCCGGAAACGCAUCCAGUCUCGGCGCCAACCCUUCCGGCCUAGGCAGAGAAAACGGCGUCGAAGCGCUCAACGCCUACAGCACCGUGCAAAGCAUCACGAUCAAUUAUGCUGAUCACCAAACGAUGCGCGAAUCAGAAGACUGGUUCGCAUCUGCUGACAAGCUGGGAUGUUCAGCUCAUUCGCAUGUCAGGUACGGCUGA